AUGUUCAGUCCUAAAGGAAAUGUAACGCUGGAGGGCCACGACGCCUCGGUCGACGUGGUGGUCUUCUCACUGGAUGGGCGACAGCUCGCAUCGACCUCCGACGAUAACACUGUCAAGCUCUGGGACAUGACCACGGGCCAGUGCCAGCAGACGCUAGAGGGUCACAGCGGCUCAGUCAGGCCAGUGGCGUUCUCGCCAGAUGAGCGUCAGCUCGCAUCAGCCUCUGAGGACAAGAUCGUCAAGCUCUGGGACCCGGCCACGGGCCAGUGCCAGCGAGCGCUGGAGGGCCUAAUCAGCUUAAAAAGCGUGUUCGAGUGGACAUCCCAAAAUCAAGUCAAGGCCUGA